AUGUCGUCCCACGACGCCAACAACGAACAGGAGCCGCAGCAGGUGGCCGAGCCAACCGUUCGGCUGUGCGUGUUGCGCACCUGGCCUGACCACUUUGACGGGUACGGGUUCAACCUGCACGCCGAAAAGUCAAAAACAUCCGCGUCUUCGCCCAACGGCGGUCUGCCAUUCUCCGGCGGACAGUUCGUCGGCAAGGUGGACCGGGGCAGCCCGGCCGAGAGCGCCGGUCUCCGGGAGGGCGACAGGAUCGUACAGGUGGACGGAGUGGACAUCGACGGCGAGACGCACUCCAAGGUGGUCGCCCGCAUCAAGAAAGGCUCGGCCGGGGACGGCGCAGAGGACGACAACGAAUCGGUCAGUCGCUGUUCGCUGCUGGUGGUCGACCGCCGGGCAGACACGUACUACAGGGAGAAGGGCAUCAGAGUGCACGCCGACAUGGGGCUGCAGAUACUGGUGUUGCGCACACCUGAGGAGCCGACGCCCGAAUGCCUUGCUCUGCAGCCGCAGAAUGCCCCGAGCCCGAAAAACGCCGCGGUGGCCGACGACGCCGCAGGAGCAAAGCAACAGCCGAACGACAGCGACGAGACUGCAAAAGCCGCCAACUCAACGACUUCAACCACUACGACGUUAAAUCUGAACAUGACUGCUGCCGAGCUGCGCCGGCGAUUGGCCGAACGCAAGAAGCAAGACUCUCGACGCGCCGGCGGUGCUGGAGACGGAUCGUUAGAUUUCCGUAAAAAGUACGAGAUUGUCGACAAGUUGUGA